AUGCAUUCCGUGGAUGCCUUCCGACAGACCGUAAGUGGUGAUGUUGAACCCGUUCGAGCUCUUCACCGUACAAUCAGGUAUAGUGUCGGAUCAUCUUGCGGCUCCAGUUAUCGCCCUGACUUGUUCAAUCUUGGUCUUCACCUCCAAACUUCAGACCAAUAUGAAGCCUUGGCCAAGCAUAUUUUGGACAAUACUAAAACGGUAUCUACGAUUCCUGGAAGGGUGCGCCAGCCGUGCUGCUCAGUACAGCAGAACCCCGAUGACAAGCUCGAGUCAAGCAAGGGCGCCUCAACAUCUCUAACCAGCUCUAGGGCCGUGCAGCUCAAUCAGCAACAAUAUGAACUGUUUUCCGAUUACGCUCACCCUGGAAGACGAGAGAAAGAAACGGAACCGACUCAUCAAGCGCAAGUCUCGUAUGUGGCAAGAUAUCGAAAGUUGUUGCGGAUGGCGAAACCAGAUGUUGCGCUUAACAACGGACUACGUGACUUUCCUCUCGACGAUGCUCUUGAGCAAGUGUCCCAUGCAUACUUCGACAUGCUGCCACCUGAAAUGAAUGCAGCCACAGAACCGGAAAAGGCUCUUAAUUCAGAGGUGCUGGCGUGCAAUUCACCGGUCAACUCUUUCCUCUCAGGCUGGCCCCUCGGAUCGGGCAACCACAAAGAGAUAAUCAACACUUCCGACUCCGGCUUUGCAAAAGAACUUCAGAAUCUGCUACAGUGGACAACUGAAGUCAACCAAGUCAACUUCGACAACUUAUUGUGUGAGUCCGCUAUGGAGCUCGCUCGGCUAGGCGCGUCACCCACGAUCUCAUCGCAUACCGAGCCCGCGUUGCAUCAUGCGGUGAUGUUAGGUAGACAGGAUAUCGUGCGGCUGCUCCUGCACCACAAGGCUUUGGUGGACUCUCUUAAUAGCAGUGGAAUGAGCCCACUGCAUAUUGCUGUUAGCCAAGGAGACAGGCUGAUGGUACGGCUGCUAUUGCUGCAUUUCCCCAACGUGAACUUGAGGGAUGGUACAGGGCGCAGAGCUUUGGACAUUGCCAUUGGUAAUGGGGACGCGGCGAUAGUGCAGCUGCUUCUUGCGAAUGGUGCAGUUGUAUGA